AUGCCAAAUGGUGCAUUUGUCAAGGUGAGUUCGUUCACCGCUGACGCCUGCGCCGGCCGCGCCGUACAGACAGUCGCUCACUCGCCUCGCGCCAACCGAAGAAAGAAGAAAAGUAUCAAGUGCUACGCCCGGACGAAAUUCCCAGCUCGGCCGACAUGCGCGGGUCGGUGGGAUCUUCGUCCGUGUUUAUCGCUUAUACGAAUAUACAACGUGCAACACACAGCAUGGACCUCACACUUGAUGGAAGAUACGGAGAUACCACUAACAGAUACAGCCAGCAACCGUAAAUACUACACAAAAUAUUUACAUUUUGUUCAGUAUCGCACACAGGCUGCCGGCUGUACUAAUGACAUCUGA